GGUUGCGGAGAGAAGAGAGAGAAGCAAGGAACAAACGGUCACGGUGGCGCAACGCCGACCGACCACCAGCAAGCAAAGGCAACCGCAUUUCAAUCGGCGCGCCCCGAAGUAACCCAGUAACCCACCUCGAUCGCUCGACGCACGCACGCCGCGUGGAGACGUCGCGAGAGAUCGAUCCGACCGAUGGCGAGCUCGCUGGCACGCAUGGGUGCGGCGCUGCCCCGGGUGCGGCCGCGCGCCGCGGCGCGGUUCCCGCCGCCACCGGGGCGGUGGGACUCCGCGGCGGCGCUCCGCCGCGCUCCGGUGUACGGUUUCAGAUGUCAAGUUCACUCUGACGUCAAAGUAGGCCCUAGUUCAGGGUUAAAGGAUGGGGAAAAUUCAUCUGGAAGUUGGAGGAUCAAGAUGCUCUAUGAUGGCGAUUGCCCACUCUGUAUGCGUGAGGUAAACAUGCUGAGGGAAAGAAACAAAUCCUAUGGAGCUAUAAAAUUUGUUGACAUAAGCUCGAAAGAUUACUCUCCACAAGACAAUCAGAACCUUGAUUAUGAAACUGCCAUGGGGAGGAUACAUGCUAUACUUUCAGAUGGAACAAUAGUCACAGAUGUUGAGGCAUUUAGAAAGCUGUAUGAGGAAGUGGGACUUGGUUGGAUUUAUGCAGUUACUAAGUAUGAGCCUGUAGCUAAAGUAGCAAAUGCAAUAUAUGGUGUGUGGGCCAAAUACCGGAUGCAAAUUACAGGUCGACCUCCACUAGAGGAAAUUAUGGAAUCCAGAAAACUAGCAGCCGAAUGCAAAGAUGAUAAAGUGUGCAAGAUGUGAGCAACGGAGCAUCGGUCUGCUGUGGCUACCAUUCCCACAUACGCUUAGGUAGACACACAAUCACACAUACAAAGCUAAUCUCACCAUACAGAUCAUUAUAAUGCAUAGUGCUAUAGAUAAGAUUAUGAGAACGACGAUACAGUAAUUUGCCUGAGAUGUAAUAGUAUCAUCUGUACACUGAAUAAAUGACAAAUAAAUCUUCAGAAAAAACAAAGCAGCAGUAUGAUUGAUUUUUCAUUUCGCA